GUCCACGUGACCGCGGGCCCCUCACUGGCAUCGCCUUUAAGAUCGACUCUCGCUCCUGGCUCUCUCUCUGCUCGCAGUUUCGCAGCUGACGAAGCGAUCGAUCACAACCGCGAAGGGAUAAAAAAAUGGCUGAACCUUCAUCGGCUUCCUACAUUAGAAUGGUGCAGCAUUUGAUCGAGCAAUGCCUGGUGUUCCACAUGAAUCAGGAGGAGUGCAUCGAGGCUCUCUCCAAGCACGCCAAUAUCAAGCCUGUCAUCACCUCCAUUGUUUGGAAGGAGUUGGAGAAGGAGAACAAGGAGUUCUUCCAGGCGUACAUGAAAGAGCAGGAGGAGAAGGUGCUGGAGAUGGCGGCUGAAGAGAGGACACAGAAGAUGCUGGCGGAGGCGGCGGCGGCCGCCGCCAAAGACUCGGACAAGGAUGAUGAAUAAGUUAGCUAGUCAUGAUCAUUAAGCUUGAAUUAAUCUGUUUUUAGUUAAUUAAUUAGAUCAUUGUGGCUAGCUGUUGGUUAAUGAAGUAUAUUGGAUUAGAAUUUAA